CGUCACGCGUUAGUUUAGAGUGAGGAUUACACAUUGGACGCUUUAGUCAGUGCUUUAGAGGCCACGGAGUUAAUUCUAGGAUAGACGAACGAUAAUCGACGACGCGCUAUCGACGGGACGACCAAACCACACGCGGUAUCACAAAGUGUAAGUGCGGUAAAGUGAUCUUGAAAAGCUUCAUUUUAUUAACAAGAAGGCCGAUUUGAUGUCAUCUUCAUCAAGAUAAAAUAAUUAAAGCAUGGGAGUGGCAGAGGACUUCGCUCCCAGCUUCACGCAAAAGCCCCAGUUGAGGCAGGAGGAUGAUGGGAACAAACUUAUAUUCGAAUGCCAGUUACUGGCAGCUCCGAAACCUGAAAUACAGUGGUUUCGAAGUGAUGUACCGUUGUCGGAAGACAGCAGGACGAACUUUAAAAUACAAUCGAUAGGCACCAAUAAAUUCCUAGUAGUACUCGAACUAGAUGAUGUUAUUGAAACCGAUGCCGGCCUGUAUAAGGUCAAAGCGAAAAACGCCAUGGGGGAAGUUGCAGCGUCCAUCAACCUCAACUUCAGCCGUAAUUGCUCAGUGAAAGCCAAACAAAUAGAUGGCCUUGCACCUACUUUUGCGAAGAAGCCUGCUAUUCGACAAGAAGAAGACGGUAAAAGACUACUUUUUGAAUGUCGAAUACAGGCCGAUCCCCGUCCAGUCGUUAGUUGGUUCCAUAAUGGCAACCCUGUUUCAGAAGGACCACGUCAUAAGUUGAGGAUAGACAAAGAUGGACACUCGUACUUUUCAACCCUCGAAAUCAAAAAUGUCACGGUAGAGGAUGCUGGCAAAUAUAAAGUAACAGCAAAAAAUGAUUUGGGGGAAAGUAACGCAACAAUCAGCCUUAACUUUGACAGCGAUGAAGCACCGGUUCCUGAGAAGGAGGGCAUCAAGCCAACUUUCACGGAGCGGCCAGUCAUCAGGCAGACUGACGAUGGCGCGAAGAUCACCUUCGAAUGUCGCUGCGUCGGAGAUCCUAAACCAGAAAUCCAAUGGUUCCACGGCAAAGAGGAAAUCAAGCAGAACAGCAGGUACACCAUCUCGCUAGAAACGGAUCAAACGCUCUACUAUUUGGCACGACUCGAAAUUUUCAACGUCAAGAAAAACGACCGCGGGGAAUACCGCGCUGUGGCUAAGAACAGAUACGGGCAAGGUGUGGCGACCAUCAACCUCAAUUUCGAGGGUACAGAGAAACCUAAAAUUCCCGACGGAAAAGCGCCUAGGUUCCCCAAGAAGCCCACUAUCAGGCAGGAGGGAGACGUUCUCAUUAUGGAAUGUCUUCUGGAAGCUCAUCCGGACCCAGACAUAACUUGGUUCCAGAGCGAAAAAAGCAUCGCGGACAGUCCGCGGGUCCGCAUGCUGAGAAAAACCACGAGCAAAGACAUUUAUCUUCUUACUUUAGAAAUCGCGAACCCAACCCGUGAAGACGGCGGGCAUUACAGAUGCAAUGCGUUCAAUGAAUUCGGUGAAAGCAACGCUAAUAUCGCGUUGAACUUCCAAGGUGGGGACAGUGCGGAUGGUUUUGCACCUUCCUUCAUCGAGAAACCUAAAAUUAUUCCUAACGAGAGUGGCACUCUCAUUGCUAUGAAAUGCAAGUGCAAAGCUAAGCCCAAGCCAGAUGUUACUUGGUUCCGCGGAACCAGUAUCGUAAAAGAAUCGUCGAAAAUUAGAAUGAAAGUCGUUGAACUCGAAGAAGAUAAAUACGAAUUGACUCUUGAAAUCAAUGAUCCUGGUGCAGCUGAUGGUGGUACAUACAGAUGCCACGUAAAGAACGAAUAUGGUGAAAGUAACGCGAAUCUCAACUUAAAUAUCGAAGCCGAACCAGAGCCAGAAGGUGAUGGACCAACGUUUGUCGAAAAACCGAGAAUAACAUCACACGAAGGCGGUAAACUGGUUAUCAUGGAAUGCAAAGUUCAUGCUGAUCCUAAGCCAGACAUUGUGUGGUUCAGGGAAAACAAAAAAGUUAUUGAAUCGUCAAAGAUCGUGAUAAGUGUUAAAGAGGUUGAAGAAAGUAUCUAUUACAUCAAGCUCGAAUUGAAAGAUCCCGGGACAGAGGAUUCUGGGUUGUACAAAUGUAACAUCAAAAACACACUUGGUGAACUCAAUGCUAACCUCACACUGAAUAUUGAAAUUAUUCCUGUUAUAAAGGAAAAACCAAGAGUUAUUAAGAUUAUAAAGAAAAAGACUGUUAUUGUAGAAUGUAAAGUUCUUAGCAAAUUCGCACCAGAUUGUACCUGGUAUAAGGAAUCUAACCCUGUUAAAGAAGAUACAAGACAUACUUAUCACGUAGAACAAGUCAAAGAUGGCGAAUUCGCUAUCAAACUGGAAAUAAACGAUGUACAGAAGGUAGAUAAAGGUAUGUAUAAAUUAGUAGCCAAAAACGAAAAGGGUGAAGCUACUUCACAAACUGUCGAGGUUACCGAGUUGCCUCCAGAAGAAAAACCCAAAGGUGAAAAGCCAAAACUCACGAAGUUAACAAACAUAAUCACAGAAGAAGGAAAAUCUGUGGAUUUCAUCACUUCGCUGAAAAUAGAAGACAAAACUGUCAAGAUAACUUGGUACAAAAAUACUACAAUAAUCAGAGAAUCCUCCGAAAUUAAAAUUUCUUUUGAUGGUACAGUAACGCGACUCAGUAUUAGCAAAUGCAAAACAUCACAUUCCGCCACGUAUAAAUGUGUCGCUAAAAACGAAUUCGGUGAAGACGAAACAUCUGCAGUUCUGACUGUUAAGGAGAGGAGGGAAGAAUCUGAGGAAGAGGAGGAAGAAGAAGAAGAAGAGGAAAUCAUUGAGGAAAAGAAAGAAGAGAAGAAAGAGGAGAAAAAAAUAGAGAAGAAAGAGGAGAAAAAAAUAGAGAAGAAGGUGGAAAAAAAAGAAGAGAAAAAAGAGGAACUCAUCAUCAAGAAAGCAGAGGAUAAGAAAAAAGUCAACGAUAUCGAUAAGGUAGAGAAAAAUAAAGAGGAGACCAAGACCGUUGACAAAAAAGCCACGAGACGUACCUCUGUGCAAAAGAACGAGGAAUAUAAAUCAGAAUCUCGUAGAAGCUCUGUCACACAGAGUGAAGAAAAAAUAAUUCAAGACGGCAAAGUUGUCAGUCGAAAAUCUUCCGUAAGUCAAGUUAAUGAAGAGACUAAGAGUGACUCUAGGCGAAGUUCAUUAAUAGAUGAAAAGAAAAAGAUUACGAAAGAUACUAAAAAAUUGGAGUCCACUCAAGAAGUGAAAACACCUGAUACUCCAACCAAUCACAUAGAAGAUGGUUUUAUGAAAAAAGUAGAGACCAAAAAGGAACCAGGGAUCAAACCGGAGACUAAACCUGAGAUGAAACUCAAGUCUCCACCUCCAAAAACUAAACCAGAACCAGUAUCAACCAAAACAGAAAACAAAACAUCAAAAACCACUGAAAAGAAAACAGAAAUCACUACUUCCAAAAAAGAAGCUGAACCUGUUAAACCUCAGGAUGAAAAGGCUACAAAAAUACUCUCUACACCAAAAACUAAAGCACCUGAACCCGAGAAACCUGAGGCUAAGCCACAGGAAGAAAAGUUGUCCCCGAGCAAACUGGGGACACCUAAAGCAAAAGAGCCCGAACCAGAGAAACCUGUGGCCAAGCCUCAGGAAGACAAGAAACUACUCACUCCAAAACUUACACCAACUGCUGGAAAAAUUCCAGAACAAAAAACCACAGAACUCAAAGUUCCGAAUCUGGAAGACCGACGUUCCUCCCUUAAAAAGACCGAGGAAAAACAACCUGAACCAGCUGCAUUAAAGACAGAGGAAAAACCAAAAAGGAGAAUACCACCCAGAGCAGAGGUAAAGUCGGAUUCAUUUAUUGGAAUCCAACUGAAACCAGUCAGUAGAGACGGUAAAAAAACCGACAAAGCAAAACUUGAAGUUGACCUGAAGAAAACUGGACAGGAGAAAGAAAAAAUUACCGUGAAAAAGACCAAGAAGGAAGAAAAACAAGCGUAUAAUGAAUGGGAAAAUAUUCCUGAUUACGAGAGACCUGUAUUAGAGAAAUUCGAAAAACACGACAUGCCAGAAUAUGCUGGUAGAGAUAAAACGAAAUUAUCAAAGGAAAGGCCUAGUAUUUCCUUUGAGGGAAAAGAAAAACAACCAACGCAAGCUGUUAUUUCGGAUCAACCCAGACCGAGCUUGCCUCAGAUUAAAACUCCCGAUGCUCCUAAGAUUGAAGUGAGCAAAGAGCGAACUCCCGAACCGAGAAAAAAAUCUUUAGAACCUGGAUCAGGUCCGGGUAGCAGGAGAGGCUCACUGAUACCUCCUGAGGCUAUGGGUAGACGCGCCAGUUUAAUCAUCUCCGAUGAGGAACGUAGGAAACUCAGACCAGGAGAGGUUUUAGAGGAGAAAAAGCGUCGUCGGCCAAGUUCAGAUGUCAGGAGACCAAGUUUGGCAGAACUUGAAGAUCUUGUUAAUAAACCAUCCACACCCUUGAAACCAUCUGGGCCUAAGGGUACUGCCCCAAGUAUUGUAGACGUUCAAGAAAACUAUUCGUCAGUUGAAGAUCAAACGGCGUACAUAACUAUCCAAGUGGAGGGUGAUCCAGCGCCAACAUUCAAAUUCUACAAGGGUAUGACCGAAAUCAUUGAAGGAGGUCGUUUCAAGUAUGUAACAGAGGGAGAAAUGAAUUUAAUUACACUCUGUAUCAGAAAAGUAAAACCGAAUGAUGAAGGCCAAUAUAGAGUGAUCGUAUCUAAUGUUCAUGGUGAAGAUACUGCUGAAAUGAUGUUAUACGUUUCUGGUGCUGGUGGUUUGGACUUCCGUUCCAUGCUUAUUAAAAGAAAAUACGCAAAAUGGGACAAAGAUAAGGGAGAUCCAGAUUGGGGUGAUCUCAAAGAAACAGAGAAACCUCUUCCUACUCUCAAGAAAGUUGAGAAGAAACAAGAGAGCUUCCUGAAGCCACUAGUGGAUCAAUAUGCUAAAGAAGGAAAAGAUAAGAAAGUUGUUUUCGAAGCAAACUUUUCGAAAACGAACUGCAAACCCAAAUGGCUUUUCAGAAAAGAUGAAUUGUUCCCUGGAUCGAAAUAUAAAUUCAAAAACGAAGGAGAUAUGUACCAGCUUAUUAUUUCUAAUCCAAAAGUUGAAGAUACAGGAAAGUACACCAUUGAAAUUGGUGGUGUCCACUGUACUGCGUUUUUGACUGUGGACGAGGCAGAUCCAUCCUACACGUUCACCAAACCCCUGAAAAAGAAAUACGAUGGCUACACAAAGCACGAAGUUGAGUUAUCUUGUACUGUCAGCAGCAGCUUGGCCAUCGUUGGAUGGUAUAAAAAUAAUAAAAAACUAGAGGACGGCGAUAAAUUCAGCAUUUCGAAGGAUAUCAACGGUGUGUGUCGACUCACCAUAAAAGACGCUCAAUUCGAAGACGCUGGCGAGUACUUCUGUAAAUUAGAAAAGCAAACCGAAAAGACAGUUACCAAAGUAAAUAUAGUAGAAUAUCCCUACAAGUUCGUUAAGGUUCUGAAACACCAACAGCAUGUAGAAAAAGAAAACAUAACGUUACUUUGCGAACUGAACGACGCAGGGGGUGACGUCAAAUGGUUCAAGGGGGAUCAAGAAAUCAAACCAGAUAAAAGGUUAGUGAUCACCAAAGAUGGGCGUAAACGAAAACUUGUUAUUAAAGACGCCAAAGUUACCGAUGCUGGCAUAUACUCCUGUACAACAAAUGCUGAUAAAACCGAAGCUGAAAUAAUAGUGAACUACUUGAACAGAUUCAAUAAAAAACUCAAGGACACCGUAGCGGUUGAGCGAGAGAAACUAGUUUUGGACAUCGAGUUACAGGAUCAAACUGCUCCUGCCGAAUGGUCAUUUAACGGAAAACCAAUCGAACCAUCGGACAGAAUCGAAAUAAAAAAUUUGGGAGGUGGCAAGCACCAGUUAGUUUUCAAUGCCCUCGAAAUGGGGGAUGAUGGGGAAAUAAAAUGUGAAUCUGGAAAGCUAGAGUCGACCAUGAAACUAACAGUGAAAAAGGGAGAAAGCAAGCCCAAGAUAGACUUCCCUGCGAAUUUCGAAGCUCCGGUUAGCAGGCCUAUUGUUCUUGAAGUUCCAUAUAAAAUUGAUGGAACGAGGCAAACACCUCUGGAAGCCAAGCUUAUCAAAGACGGAAAAGUACUUCCUCUCAAGGAAGUCGAAGUUGUUAUUAACGACGAUAAGGUUGUUUUCAAAAUAAAGAAACCUACCAGAGAUCAAUCUGGUCCUUAUCAAAUAAAACUUUCAAACGGACAAGGUGAAGAUGUUAACGACGUCAAAAUCACCAUGCAAGAUGUUCCGACUGCACCUCGUGACGUUGACGUUAAAGACGUAUUCCAAGAUCACUGCACGGUGUCAUGGAAACCACCCUCUGAUGAUGGCGGUUCUCCACUUCUACAUUACGUUGUAGAAAGGCAAGAUAUCAGUCUCAAAGCUGGUUGGGAAAGCGUUGGCCAAGUCAAAGCUAACGAGCCUACAACUUACAAAGUUGAGGGACUCAUUCCUAAGAAGGAAUAUAAGUUCAGAAUUCGAGCUGUAAAUCAGUUAGGGUCAAGUGAACCAGCAUUGUUUGCUAAACCAGUAUUAGCUAAAGAUCCUUGGGAUGAGGCAAGUAAACCCAAAGACGUACAAGUAGUCGAUUGGGAUGUAGACCACGCUGAUUUGACCUGGGUCAAACCUGACAGCGAUGGUGGUGCUCCAAUCACGGGGUACGUACUCGAAUUCAAAGAAAAAUUCGCCAAAGACUGGAAGAAGGGAAUCGAAGUACCUGGAGAUCAGUUGAAAGGAACAGUGCCGAACUUAAAAGAAAACAGCACGUAUGAAUUUAGAGUUCGGGCCAUCAACAAAGCCGGGCCUGGUGAGCCCAGUGACCCAACGAAACCAAUAAUCGCUAAGUGCAGAUUUGUGAAACCUUUCAUCAUCGGCAGCGAUUUGAACAACAUUAUCGUGAAGAAGGGACAAGUCGUCAAAUACGACAUCAAGUACGGAGGAGAACCUGAACCAGAGGUCCAGUGGUUCUUGGACAAAAAAGAAAUCAAGCCCGAUGCCGAGGAACGUAUAACCAUCGACAGAUACGAAAGAAAUACCAUCAUAACGGUCCGAAGAUGCACCAGACCAGAUAGCGGUAAAUACCGAUUGGUGCUGACCAACAGCUCUGGUACUUGCGAAGGUGUAGCGGAGGUCAUAGUGUUGGACAAACCUACGCCGCCUAAAGGUCUCAAAGUUGAAGAAAUCCGAGCCGAUCACGUGAAAGUGAAAUGGCAGAAACCAGAAGACCUCGGAGGUACCGAACUCACAGGAUACGUUCUUGAAAAGAUGGAUAUGGAUACGGGAAGGUGGAUUCCUGCAGGAGAAGUUGGGCCCGAUGAGGAUAACUUCACUUUCAAGAACUUGACGCCGAAAAAGAAGUAUAAGUUCAGAGUCAGAGCCAAGAACAAGGAAGGAGAGUCAGAGCCUCUAGAAACCGACGAUUUCAUUCUUGCUAAGAAUCCUUACGACGAGCCUGGAAAACCUGGCAAACCAGACAUUAUCGAUUACGAUAAUAAGAGCGUAACCCUUAAAUGGGCCAAGCCAGAUAGCGAUGGCGGCAGGCCAAUAACCCACUACACUGUCGAAAUGAAAGAUAAGUUUGCUGUGGAUUGGAGCGAAGUAGCCAAAACUGAAGACGCUAACCCUGAAAUACUGGUACCAGGUCUAAAAGAGAAUAUGGUCUAUCAGUUCCGCGUGAAAGCUCACAAUAAAGCUGGAGCUAGUGAAGCCUCCGAACCCACAGGCAAUCACCUCUGCAAGCACAGGAACUUAAAACCACGAAUCGAUCGCGAAACAUUCAAGUCUAUCACAAUAAAGGCAGGUCGCACUCACAAAUGGGCUGUGGACUUCAUGGGUGAACCUCCACCGUCGGUCAAGUGGGUUUGGAGAGAUGACAUUCCAUUGACGAAUAGUGAACGAAUCAAAAUUGAAAAUGUCGAUUACCACACUGACUUCACCCUCAUAAACGCUGUUCGAAAAGAUACUGGAAAAUACACUCUCAUCGUGGAGAAUUGCAACGGAAAAGACACCGAAACCGUUGAACUGAACGUUCUCAGCAAACCAGGAGCGCCCAAAGGACCUUUAGUAGUAUCUGAUGUGACUGCAGAGAAAGCUAAGGUUAGCUGGAAGAAACCUGAAGACGAUGGAGGUAGUCCUGUAAAAGAAUAUGAAAUCGAAAAGAUGGAUAUGGCUACCGGAAAAUGGGUGAGGGUUGGCCGUUUACCCGCCGACCGAAUGUCACCUGACGGUAAGGGUGAAUUCGAAGUUACCGGACUCAUUCCUGGAUCCGACUAUAAAUUCAGAGUAACAGCUGUUAAUAAUGAGGGCGAUUCUGAACCCCUCGUAUCCGAUAAACCCACCUUGGCCAAAAAUCCAUUUGACGAACCGGGUAAACCCGGCACUCCUGAAAUCACUGACUAUGACAACAAGGGUGUCAAUCUCAAAUGGACUCCACCAGAAAAUGAUGGUGGCGCACCGAUUGAGAAAUAUAUAAUCGAAAAGAAGGAUAGAUACAAACCAGACUGGGAGAAGGCUAUUGAAGUUCCUGCUGAUCAGCUGGAGGCUCGUGUGGAGGAUCUGAAGGAACGUGGUGAAUACCAAUUCAGAGUGGUUGCCGUGAACAAAGCUGGGCCUGGUAAACCUUCAGACGCAUCUAAAAUGCAGAUCAUCAAGCACAGAGCACUAAAACCAAGAAUUGACAGAACUAACCUGAAACCUAUCAUCGUGCGGGCUGGAAAGCCCAUCAAGUACGAUGUUGAUGUCAAAGGUGAACCGGCUCCAACAUGUACCUGGUUCCAAGUCGAUAAAGAACUUAGAUCAGAAGGAAACAUCGAAAUUACCAACAUAGAAUAUAACACUAAAAUAAGCAUAACAAAUUCAGUAAGAAAGAAUACCGGAGUUUACAAGAUAAAAGCCGUCAAUGAACAUGGUUUUGACGAGGCUGAGGUUGAAGUAACAGUACUCUCAUCUCCAUCAAAACCAAAAGGCCCUCUGAAAGUGACGGAUGUCACGAAAGGAGGUUGCAAACUCAAAUGGGACAAACCAGAAGAUGAUGGAGGCAAACCAGUUACAGGCUAUGUAGUGGAGAAGUUUGAUAAACAAACCGGUCGCUGGGUACCGGUGGGGAGAACAAAUGAUACUGAGAUGGACGUUAAGGGGCUACAAGAAGGCCAUGAGUAUGAUUUUCGCGUCAAGGCUGUCAACGAUGAAGGCGAGUCUGAACCAUUGGAAACAGACGAAUCCAUCAUCGCUAAAAACCCAUACGAUAUUCCUGGGAAGCCUGGCACACCAGAAAUCGUUGACUGGGAUGCUGAUCGUGUAGACUUGAAAUGGACAGCACCAAAAACUACAGGAGGAGCGCCUAUUACGGGAUACGUUAUCGAAAAGAAAGAGAAAUUCUCCACAUCCUGGGAUGAGAUUCUCACAACAGAUACACCUGCUUGUGAUGCUCUCGUUCCUGGCCUCAAAGAAGGAAAUACCUAUCAAUUCCGCGUCCGUGCUGUUAACAAGGCAGGACCUGGUGAACCAUCAGAUGCCACUGGCCAACACGUUGCUAAGCCAAGGCAUCUACGCCCACACAUCAACCGCGAGAAGCUGCACACUGUCAAGGUCCGUGCUGGACAACUUGUCAAGUUUGACGUUGACGUGAAAGGUGAACCACCACCGGUAUGCACUUGGAGUUUUGCACACAAACCACUUGAAAAUGGAGCUCAUGUUAAGGUAGACAAUGAGGACUAUAACACGAAACUCACUUUAACUGACACCAAGAGAAAACACACUGGAACGUACACAAUCAGAGCCGAGAAUCCAUCAGGAUUUGAUGAAGCUACUGUUGAAGUUAUAAUUCUAGACAAACCUGGUAAACCUGAAGGGCCACUGGAAGUCAGCGACGUGCACAAAGAGGGUUGCAAACUCAAGUGGAACAAACCAAAGGAUGAUGGAGGCCUACCAAUAACUGGCUACGUCGUAGAAAAGCAAGACACCUCAACGGGCCGCUGGGUUCCUGCAGGCUUCGUCGAUGCUGAUAAAACUGACCUUGAAGUAACCGGUCUUGACCCCAAUAAGAAAUAUAACUUCAGAGUCAAAGCUGUCAAUGAAGAAGGUGAAUCAGAACCUCUGGAGACUGAUACAUCGAUUCUUGCCAAGAAUCCCUAUGACGUAUCGGCACCUCCUGGCCUUCCAGAAAUUGUUGACUGGGAUGAACAUUCCGUAAAACUGAAAUGGGAGAAACCAGUAAGAGAUGGAGGUGCUCCCAUUACUGGAUACGUUAUUGAAGCUAUGGAUAAGUUCGGAGGACAAUUUGUAAAAGUGGCAGAGGUCGGACCACAGUGUACCGGCACUGUGCCAAGACUAGAAGAAGGGAAUCAGUACAAGUUCAGGGUUCGCGCACUAAAUAAAGCUGGGCAAUCUGAACCAUCCGAACAGACUAACUGGCACACUGCUAAAGCACGAUUCCUUAAACCACUUAUUGACCGUACCAACCUUAAAGCACUGACCGUAAAAUCAGGACUGUCUAUAAGUUUGGACGUUAACAUCCAAGGCGAACCACCACCGGUAGUAACAUGGUUAUUCAACGGAAAGGAAAUUACAUCUUCCGAAGAAAUCCGUAUUGACAACAUCGAUUACAACACCAAAUUCUUCGUAUUACGCGCCAAGCGAGCUCAAUCUGGAAAAUACACAAUUAUAGCCAAAAAUGAAGUAGGAGAAGAUCAAGCAGAUAUUGAAAUUUCUGUUCUCGGUAAACCAUCCGCUCCUAAAGGACCAUUGGAUGUCAGUGAUGUCACCAAACAUGGAUGUAAACUGAAAUGGAAGAAACCCGAUGAUGAUGGAGGCACCCCCAUCGACCAUUACGAAAUUGAAAAACUAGAUCCACUAACAGGUCAAUGGAUAACAUGUGGAAGGAGCGCUGAGCCAGAAGCCAACAUAACUGGGUUACAAGAAGGCAAGCCUUAUAAAUUCAGGGUGAAGGCUGUGAACAAAGAAGGGGAGUCAGAACCUUUGGAAACUGAACAGACGAUCAUUGCCAAAAAUCCAUUUGAUGAACCCAGCAAACCUGGCAGACCAGAGCCCAAAGACUGGGACAAAGACUUCGUAGAGCUUGCUUGGAAACCACCAGUGAGUGAUGGAGGAGCUCCAAUUGAGAAAUAUAUCAUCCAAAUGCACGAUAAAGCAGGACGUGGAUGGAUUGAUGCUGCCUCUGUUCCUGGCGACAGAAGCACUGGAAGGGUGGAAAACGUUGAAGAAGGCCACGAAUAUGAGUUCCGUAUAGUUGCAGUCAACAAGGCUGGUCCAAGUGAGCCCAGUGAUCCUUCAAAACCAGUAAUCGCCAAACCAAGAUUUUUGGCUCCCAAAAUCGAUCGUAAAAACCUUGGUAAGAAGGUAUUACGCACAGGGCAGUUGUUACGUUUGGAGGCUGACGUUAAAGGAGAACCAGCUCCAGCUGUCACUUGGACACUAAAGGAUCAAACUUUGAGAACUAAUGACAGGCUCAAAAUUGAUAACGAAGACUAUCACACCAGUUUUGUGUUGACUAAAGUCAAGAGAAGUGAUACAGGAAUCUAUGUUGUCACUGCUAGAAAUGACUCUGGAGUUGACACGGUUGAUGUUGAGAUCCAAGUUAUUGGUAAGCCUUCCAAGCCUAAAGGCCCACUCAAGGUAUCUGACGUUACCGCAGAUGGUUGCAAACUCAAAUGGGAGGCACCUGAAGAUGAUGGCGGUGAACCAAUUACCGGUUAUUUGGUAGAACGUAUGGACGUCGAAACCGGUAGGUGGGUUCCAGUAACUACAACAAAAACACCGGAAGCUGAUGUUACCGGACUGAACGAAGGAAAAGAUUAUCAAUUCAGAGUGAAAGCUAUCAACUCUGAAGGUGAAUCUGAACCAUUAGUAACUGAGGCUCCAACUACAGCGAAGAAUCCAUAUACCGAACCUGACACUCCUGGAAAACCAGAACUCAAAGAUUGGUCGAAGAACCAUGCCGAUCUGAAAUGGGCGCCACCCAAAAACGAUGGUGGUGCACCCGUCGAAAAAUACAUCAUUGAAAAGAAGGAUCCUUUCACUGGAAAAUGGCAGAAAGCUGUUGAAGUUCCUGGUAACAAAACAGAAGCUAAAGUACCUGAUUUACAAGAAGGUCAGAAGUACCAGUUCCGGGUGAAAGCUGUCAAUAAGGGAGGUGAGAGUAAACCUUCACCGCCCUCAGAAACCAUCACGGCCAAAGAUAGGUUCGUGCCACCCAAAAUCGAUCGCACGAACCUCAAAGACCUCACGGUUAGGGCAGGUCAGCACAUCAGGUUGGACGUUAAAGUCAGUGGUGAACCACCACCGAGUAAGAUAUGGUUCCUCAAUAAAGCACGUAUCGAGAAACGUGACGAUAUUACUGUUGACCUGGAGGACUAUAGAACCAAAUUGGUAAUUGGAGUGGCAAAGAGAGAGCACACCGGUACCCUUGUCCUUAAGGCAGAAAAUGAUUCUGGGCGAGAUGAAGCAAGUAUUGAAAUUAAAGUAUUGGAUAAACCAUCCAAACCAGAAGGUCCGCUUAGAAUCAGCGAUGUACACAAGGAAGGGUGUACCCUCAAAUGGAAUCCACCCCAGGAUGACGGUGGAGUGCCCAUUGAGUAUUAUGCUGUUGAAAAACUGGACACUUCCACAGGUCGCUGGGUACCAGCUGGUAGAGCAAAAGAACCAAAGAUUGAGCUGAAUAAUUUGGAACCAGGACAGGAAUAUAAAUUCAGAGUAUCGGCUGUCAACGCCGAGGGAGAAUCAGAGCCUUUGGAAGCUGAACAAACCAUUGUCGCUAAGAAUCCAUUCGAUGAACCGGGGGCCCCUGGUACACCUGAAGUUACCGAUUGGGAUAAAGAUCGUGUCGACCUAAGAUGGACUCCACCUGCGAACGAUGGUGGAUCUCCAAUCACUGGAUAUAUAAUCGAAAAAAGGGAGAAAGGAUCUCCGAAAUGGACGAAAGCAGGUGAAACUGGACCAUUUGAAACAAAGGGAACCGCUGACAAUUUGGACGAAGGAACUGAGUACGAAUUCAGAGUUCGGGCUGUCAAUGCUGCGGGUCCCGGCGAACCAAGUCAAGCAUCAAAAUCCGUCAUUACGAAGCCCAGAAGAUUGGCUCCUAAGAUUGAUCGCAGGAACUUGUUCGAUUUGACAGUUAAAGAGGGCGAACCCAUUUACAUUGAUGUGAAAGUCAGCGGAGAACCAGCUCCCGAUGUUACGUGGUACCAUGAAGGAAAAACUGUCACUAGUACGUCGCAUAAGCGCAUCGACAAUAUCCCGUACAAUUCCAAGUUCUUCAACGAUAAACCCGAAAGAAAGGACACUGGAGUUUAUAAGAUUGUCGCUAUUAAUAAAUACGGACAAGAUCAGGCUGAAAUUGAGAUAACAGUUAUUUCUAAGCCAGGACAGCCCGAGGGACCACUGGAAGUUUCUGAUAUCCACAAGGAUAACUGUACUUUGAAAUGGAAGAGACCUAAAGAUGAUGGUGGAGAGCCGAUUGAAAACUAUGUGGUUGAAAAACUUGAUCCUGAAACUGGUAUCUGGCUACCAGUGGGUAAAACAAAUGGUGCCAUACCCGAAAUGAAAGUGGAUGGUCUUAUCCCUGGACAUGACUACAAAUUCCGAGUCAAAGCAGUGAACAAAGAAGGCGAAUCUGAACCUCUUGAGACUGCUGGGACAAUUACAGCUAAAGAUCCCUACACUACCGCUGCCAAGCCUGGAACACCAGAACCACAAGAUUGGUCUGCCAACCAUGUAGACCUCAAAUGGACAGAACCAGUAUCGGAUGGUGGUGCCCCUAUUACUGGUUACAUAAUAGAAAUGAAAGAUAAAUACAGUCCUAUGUGGGAGAAAGCCCUGGAGACAACAUCGCCCAGUCCCACAGCAACCAUCAGCGGACUUAUUGAAGGAAACGAAUAUCAGUUCAGAGUCAUUGCUGUUAAUGAUGCUGGGCUGAGUGCUCCUUCUGAUGCUAGCAAAACGUUUACUGCUAAACCCAGAUUUUUGGCACCCAAAAUUGACAGACGUUAUCUUCACGAUGUCACAAUAUCAGCUGGAUCGCCUCUUAAAUUCGAGGCAAAUAUCAUCGGUGAACCACCACCGACAGUUGAGUGGCGUUUCAAUGGCAGCACCCUCAAAAACGAUAACCGCACGACAAUCGACAACGUCGACUAUAACACCAAGAUUGCAAUCCGCCCUGUUAAUAGAGACGACACCGGAGAAUACAAAGUUACCGCAUCAAACAGUUCUGGAAAAGACACUCACGUCAUCAAUGUCACAGUUACUGAUAAACCUACCCCACCACAAGGACCACUACAGGUAUCCGAUGUCAACAAAAAUGGCUGUAAACUCAAAUGGAAACGUCCCAAAGAUGAUGGUGGUACUCCUAUCGAGUACUACCAAGUGGACAAAAUGGAUCCAGAAACCGGUUGUUGGGUGCCUUGUGGAAGAGCAACGGAUCCAAAUUUCGAAGUAUCUGGAUUGACACCAGGCCACGAGUAUAAAUUCCGAGUUGCCGCUGUAAACGCAGAGGGUGAAUCCAAACCGCUCGAAACAGAAACAACAAUUGUUGCCAAGAAUCCGUUCGACGAGCCCGGUGCUCCUGGACAUCUCAAAGCAACUGACUGGGACAAAGAUCACGUUGAUCUGGCUUGGUCUCCACCAAAAGACGAUGGUGGUGCCCCAAUCACUAGUUACAUUGUUGAAAAGAAAGAUAAAUUUGGCGACUGGGAAAAAGCCAUCGAGAUCCCAGGGAAUCAACUGAAGGCGACUGUUUUCGAUCUGAUCGAAGGACAACCUUAUCAAUUCCGCGUGCGUGCUGUCAAUGCAGCGGGCCCAGGUGAUGCUAGUAAUGAAACACCUACUAUCAUUGCCAAACCACGCAACCUUGCACCUAAAAUCGACAGAACUAACCUCAACGAAGUUAAAAUACGUGCUGGGCAGAGUUUCGGAUUCGAUGUUAAGGUAUCUGGUGAGCCUAUGCCAACAACCAAAUGGUUGAUGAAGAAUAAGGAAAUCAAAACAGGCGAUGGAACAAAAGUACAGCAUGGUGACUAUAAUACCAAGAUCAAUGUCCGAAAUGCAACUAGGGCAGACUCUGGAACUUACACAGUAACUGCAGAAAACGCCAACGGCAAAGAUAUCGCUGAAGUCGAGGUCAUAAUCUUGGAUGUGCCUAGUCCUCCAGGAGGACCCCUGAAAGUGUCCGAUGUACACGCUAAUGGAGCGAAACUGAGCUGGAGACCUCCCGCAGAUGACGGAGGCCAACCUAUUGAAAGAUACAUUGUCGAGAAAAUGGAUGAAGCCACCGGUCGCUGGGUGAACGCCGGGGAAACCGACGGUCCAGAAACAUCUUUACCAAUAGAUGGAUUAGUUCCAGGUCACAAAUAUAAAUUCCGCGUCAAAGCAGUCAACAGGCAAGGAAAAUCAGAACCACUACAAACAACACAAGCUGUCGAAGCUAAGAAUCCAUUUGAUGAACCUGGUAAGACAAGUGCUCCAGAAAUCACAGAUUACGACAAAGACUUCGUGGAACUCAAAUGGGAAAAACCAGAAAAUGAUGGUGGCUCACCCAUUACUGGCUACAUAAUCGAAAAACGAGACAAAUUCAAUCCUAACUGGGAAAAAUGCGCAGAAGUUGAAGGUGAUACACCAAAGGGCAAAGUUAAUGACCUCAUCGAAGGAACUCCCUAUGAAUUCAGAAUUCGUGCUAUCAACAAAGCAGGGCCUGGACAGCCAAGUGAAGCUUCCAAGAUUCAUGUGGCUAGACCCAAAAAUCUUGCUCCAAGAAUCGACAGAAUGUACUUUUCCGAUCUCAAGAUCAAAGUUGGCUCUUCAAUUGAGUUCAAUGUACCUGUUAUUGGCGAACCACCACCGUCGAAAGAAUGGAAACAUAAAGAAGAUGUCCUAUUUAAUAAUGACCGAGUCAAAAUUGUAAAUGAAGAUUACAAGACAAGCAUCAAAAUUAUCGACGCCAAGCGAGCUGAUAGUGGGCCUUAUACCCUCCUGGUUAAAAAUAUCAACGGGCGAGAUGAAGCAACAGUGAAAGUAACUGUUCUUGAUGUACCUACUCCCCCAGAGGGUCCACUCAGAGCGGAUAAUGUGACGAAGAAUUCGAUGACCCUUCACUGGAAACCACCAAAAGACAAUGGUGGUACAGAAAUUACGCAUUACACUGUAGAAAAAUUGGAUACAGAGAAUAUGAGAUGGGUACCAGUAGGCGAUGCUAUUGGUACUUCAAUGAGAGUGGACCACUUAACUGAAGGGCAUGAUUAUCAGUUCCGAGUUAAAGCUUGUAAUAAGGAAGGUGAUUCUGCUCCGCUCCAGACAAUUGAAAGUAUAACAGCUAAAGAUCCAUUCACAAGGCCAGACAGACCUGGAGUACCACAAGCUACUGACUGGGAUAAAGACCACGUUGACCUCGAAUGGACUCCGCCCAAGAAAGACGGUGGAGCGCCAAUCAGUGAAUACAUAAUCGAAAAGCGGCCAAGACACGGAACUUGGGAAAAGGCAUGUGAAGUACCUGGAAAUACACCAAAGGCAACUGUGCCAAACCUAGUAGAAGGUGAAGAAUAUGAAUUUAGAGUAAUUGCUGUCAACAAGGGUGGACACAGUGAACCAAGUGAAGCCAGCUUACCAGUAAUUGCUAAACCAAGAUUCCAAGCCCCGACCUUCAAUAAGAGCCUACUUGAAGAUAUCACGGUAAAAGUGGGACAACGGUUUGGAUGGACAAUUCCAAUCGAAGCCUCGCCUAAACCCACUGCAAAAUGGACUGUCGAUGGAAAAGAAAUCAGAUCCAGCGAUAGAAUCGACAUGGCGGUUUACAACAACAAAGUUUCUUUCGAUAUAUCGUCGUCAUUACGUUCAGAUGCAGGAAGAUACACCCUGACAUUAACUAACAAUUUAGGCAGUUUUAGCGCUUCUGCUCAAGUAACUGUACUAGACAAACCAAGCCCACCACAACCACCUCUAGAUGUCAGCAGUGUUACUAAGGAUAGUGCCAGGCUGUCAUGGAGGACACCUCUUGAUGACGGUGGUACCCCUAUUUUACACUACAUCGUUGAGAAAAUGGAUGUAUCUCGUGGUACUUGGUCAGAUGCCGGAAUGGCAACUAUCACGUCUCAUGACAUUACACGACUGAUUCAUCGUAAAGAAUAUUAUUUUCGAGUGAAGGCUGUCAAUAUUGUAGGAGAAUCUGAACCACUGGAAACUGAAAAGAGUAUCAUUGCCAAAAAUGAGUUUGAUGAGCCUAGUGCUCCUGGCAAACCAGCCGUUACAGACUGGGAUAAAGACCACGUUGAUUUGGAAUGGACUCCACCAAAAAGCGAUGGUGGGUCACCUAUUACUGGAUACAUCAUUCAGAAGAAAGAAAAGGGCAGUCCAUACUGGACCAAUGCCGUUCACGUACCACCAAAUAAAAACAGUGCUACAGUACCUGAUUUAACAGAAGGACAGGAGUAUGAGUUCCGUGUAGUAGCUAAAAAUCCUGCGGGUCUUAGUGAACCUUCCGAACCAUCAGAUUUAGUCACUGCGAAGGCCCGAUUCUUGGCGCCCAAAAUCAAAACACCACUCAAUGAUAUUCGUAUCAAAGCUGGACUCAUUCUCCAUAUUGACAUCGACUUCAUUGGAGAACCUUGUCCUGAAGUAUCCUGGAGUGUCGGAAGUAAACCUUUGGGGGCUAAUGAGCGUACAACUGUAACAUCGAUAGGAUAUCACACGACCAUUCACACUGUGAACGCCAAACGUUCAGAUAGUGGUUUGUAUCAUAUUUUACUCAAAAACAGCUCGGGAAUAGACGAAGGAUCAUUCCAAGUAACAGUUCUUGAUCGUCCAGGACCACCUGAAAGGCCAAUUGAAUACGAAGAGGUGACGGCUCAAAGCGUAACGCUAUCGUGGAAACCACCCAAAGAUAAUGGUGGUAGUGAAAUUACCGGUUAUGUCAUCGAGAAGAGGGAUUUGACGCACGGUGGUGGCUGGGUGCCAGCCGUCAACUAUGUCAAUCCCAAGUACACGCAUUCAGUUGUUCCAAGAUUACUAGAAGGAACCAAAUAUGAGUUCAGGGUGUUUGCUGAAAACCUCCAAGGUAGAUCGGAUCCACUAGAGACCGAAAGACCCAUUGUCGCCAAAAACCAAUAUGACGUUCCUGGAAAGCCUGGUAAACCAGAACUUAUUGACAGUGACAAGGACCACAUCAAGAUCAAAUGGGCUCCACCAAUCAGCAAUGGCGGAUCUCCUAUCAUCGGAUAUGACAUUGAACGGAGAGACAGAGCCACCGGCAGGUGGGUAAAACUCAACAAAGAACCAAACCGUAGUAAUGAGUACUACGACGAUAGAGUGCAAGAUGGACAUCAAUACGAGUACAGGGUAUCUGCUGUUAAUGCGGCUGGUCCAGGAAAACCAAGUGACACAUCUAAUGUGUUCACUGCUAAACCAAUGAAAGAAAAACCAAAACUUUGGCUCGAUGGCAUCAUUGGACGUAAGAUCAAAGUACGAGCUGGUGAACCCAUUAAUAUCAACAUACCUCUCUCUGGUGCACCAGCGCCUAAAUGUGAGUGGAUUAAGAACAAGAUCAGCGUACCCGAAUCCAAUAGGGUGUAUACUGAAACAACCAGUGAAAACACCAGACUUCGUGUUGAAACAUCUAAUAGGGAUGACACCGGUAUUUACACCGUACGUGCCUCAAACGAGUACGGAAAAGAUGAAGCCGAUAUCGAAGUAACAGUUGUAGAUAAGCCUGGAAUACCGAAAGGUCCUCUUCAGUAUACCGCAACUUCCCAGGACACCAUAUCUCUAUCCUGGAACCCACCAGCCGAUGAUGGCGGUGGUGAUCUCACUGGCUACAUAGUAGAAAUCAGUGAGUUUGGCACAGAUAGUUGGCGGCCAUGUCCAGGGUUCUGCCCCAGACCAUCUUUCACCGCACGUGGUUUGACUGAAGGCAAGAAGUAUGUAUUCAGAGUUCGAGCUGAGAACAUAUAUGGCGUAUCUGAACCAUUGGAAGGAAAGCCAGUUGUUGCAAAGAGCCCAUUCGACCCACCAGGAGCACCAAAUCAGCCAGAAGUAACUGGAUACUCGGCCUCUACCUGCUCUCUCAAAUGGAACCCACCAGUUUCUACUGGCGGAAAGCCAAUCACUGGAUACUAUGUGGAGAAACGUGAGCGCGGAGGUGACUGGGUAAAGGUCAACAGCUACCCAACUCCCAAUACUCAGUAUACCGUUCAAGACCUACGCGAAGGCAAUAAAUACGAAUUCCGCGUAAUAGCAGUCAACGAAGCCGGUCCGGGUGAACCCAGUAGACCCACAGAACCUAUAAUUGCCCAACAUCAAAGAUUCAAGCCAGACACACCAGAACCACCUAAAGCUGAUCGUAUUACAAAGGACAGUGUCACACUUUCGUGGAGGCCACCUAGGAGCGAUGGUGGAUCAAAGAUCAAAGGUUACGUUCUGCAAAAACGACCAGUUGGUGCUGACGACUGGACCGAUAUUAAUACGACUCCAAUCAACGACACAGUCUAUACUGUACCGAACUUGAAGGAAGGCGAAACUUACCAGUUCAGACUCAUGGCUGUCAACGAUGUUGGAAGAUCCGAACCCAGUAGACCAAGCAACAACAUAAAAGUUGAAGAACAACCGAACAAGCCUUGUAUGGACUUGGGAGGUAUUCGUGAUAUCACAGUCAAGGCUGGUGAAGAUUUCAGCAUUCACGUGCCAUACGUUGGGUUCCCAAAACCAACAGCAUCCUGGUAUGCUAAUGACCGAAUUUUGGACGAGUCUGAUAGCAGAGUAUUCCCAAAACUUGCUGAUGAUUAUGCUAGUAUUAUCGUGAAAAAUUCGAAGAGAACCGACAGUGGACAGUACAGGCUGCAGUUGAAAAACCCGUCAGGUUUCGAUACUGCGACGAUAAAUGUAAAAGUAUUGGACAGACCAGGCAAACCUGAAAAUCUUAGAGCUGACGAGUUUGCUGGAGACGCACUUACUCUCUACUGGACCCCACCCAAAGACAACGGUGGCGCAGAUAUUACCAAUUAUAUUAUCGAAAAGAAAGAAGCUAAAUCGCAGACUUGGUCUAAGGUCAGUAGUUACGUUACUGUUCCAUUCGUCAGAAUUCGUAACCUUACACUUGGAAAAGAUUACGACUUCAGAGUAAUUGCUGAAAAUCAAUAUGGACAAUCAGAUCCGGCCGUAACAUCUGAACCAAUUCGCGCCAGACAUCCAUUCGAUCCACCAGGAGCCCCAGGGAUACCCAGAGGAAUUGAAACCACUGAAGACUCGAUUACCAUUACUUGGGCCAAGCCACGCCACGAUGGUGGAUCUCCCAUUACAGGUUAUGUAGUGGAAAAACGUCUCAUCACCGAAGAUAAAUGGACUAAAGCUUCACACGCUCUAGUACCGGAUCUAACACUGAAAGUCAUCAACCUUAUUGAAAAUCAUGAAUAUGAAUUCAGGGUGGCCGCAGUCAAUGCGGCUGGUCAAGGAGCUUGGAGCUCUGCUUCUGAUGCCAUUUGUGCCAGAGCCGCUCCAAGCGCUCCAAAGAUAACCUCAGAUUUGAGCAUCAGAGAUAUGAUUGUGAUUGCUGGUGAAGAACUGAAGAUCACAGUUCCAUACGUGGCCACGCCAAAGCCUAGAGCAACAUGGACGAUCAACGGAGACGAAGUUAUAUCCGACAGUAGAAUCAAAAUGGAUACGACUGACAUUGCUUCUGUAUUCCUCAACAAAUCAGCAAAACGUUCAGAUACUGGUAGUUAUACAAUCAAACUCACCAACUCAGAAGGAUCAGACUCGGCUUCUUGCAGAGUUCUUGUUGUGGAUAAACCUUUACCGCCGCAAGGACCGCUUGAUAUAUCUGAUAUAACUCCAGACAACUGCUCAUUGGCAUGGAGGCCACCAUUAGAUGAUGGCGGUUCUCCUAUCACCAAUUAUAUCGUGGAAAAACUGGAUACGAACGGUAUUUGGGUGAAAGUCAGUAGUUUUGUCCGAAACACCCAUUAUGAUGUAAUGGGUCUGGAGCCGAAUAAAAAGUACAGCUUCAGAAUUAGGGCCGAGAACCAAUACGGCGUCAGCGAACCUCUGGAAAGCAGCGAGCCUAUUGUGGCCAAGUAUCCAUUCACAGUUCCAGAAGCACCAGGAGCACCCCGCGUUACCGACUGGGAUUCCACGACAAUCUACUUAUCUUGGGACAGACCAAAUAAUGAUGGAGGUUCCCGUAUUCAAGGGUACAAGCUUGAAUAUCGCGAUAUCGCUCACGAUACGCACUGGCAGAGCGCUAGCGACUACCUCAUAAAAGAAAAUCAUUUCGACUUAUUCAAUAUGACUAGCGGACAUGAGUAUGAAUUCAGAGUCCGAGCGAAAAAUGCAGCUGGAUUCAGCAAACCAUCAGCCUCGUCCACAACAUUCAAGCUCAAGGGUAAAUUCAAUGUGCCCUCACCUCCCCGCAAUCCCAAAGUCAUCAAUGUUGGUAAGGGUUAUGUAGAUCUUACCUGGGAGCCUCCAAGCAACGAUGGUGGAUCCAGAAUUACUGGCUACAUCAUCGAAAAGAGAGAAAUAGGAUCUCCUCUGUGGACAAAGUGCAACGACUACAACGUAACAGAUACAAAUUACACUGUAUUGAACCUUAUCGAUCGUUCAGAAUACGAAUUCAGAAUUUAUGCCAAUAAUUCAGCGGGAAGAAGCGAACCAAGCACCUGCACAACACCUGUAAAGGUUUGUGAAGUACUUGGAGGCGAGAAACCAGAAUGGAUACGUAGACUCAACAACUCAUCUGCGCCUCUCGGAAAAUCGAUCACCCUGGAGUGCGAGGCAUACGGAAAACCAGAGCCAGUGUACAGAUGGAUCAAGAAUGGUCGUGAAAUCAAACUUGGUGGAAGAUUCAAAACCGAAGUCAAAGCAAGUACGGCGUUCCUGCAUAUCUCUGAUCUACUUGAUAUUGAUGAGGGAGAUUACACCUGCGAAGCCAGUAACACACUUGGAGCUGUUACCACUACAGCCCGUCUGAAGAUUGGUACGCCUCCAAAGAUAGAACGCCUUCCAGGUGAUCUGUACUUAGCUGAAGGAGACAACACGAAGAUUAAAAUUUAUUACACAGGAGAUCAACCUCUGGAUGUAACCUUGACUAGAAACGGUCAAAUAAUAGAUGAUUCAACUCACAUUAGAUAUACAGUAUUCGACGAUUACAUAAUAAUAUUCAUCAAAGAUAUUACAAAAAUGGAUGCAGGAAAUUACAACUUGACUGUCAAGAAUGACAGUGGAAGCGCAUCAGGAAGCUUCAGUGUAUACAUCACUGGUCUGCCCGGACCUCCAAAUGGCCCUCUGGAAACCUCAGAUAUCACCAAGCACACUUGUAGGCUAGGCUGGAAACCACCCAGCUACGACGGUGGGCUGAGAGUAACGCACUACGUUAUCGAAAGGAAAGACGUUCUUGGAACACAUUGGAUAACAGUUUCCAGCUCCUGUCGCGACACCAACUUCGUAGUACAAGGACUGACCGAAGGACAAGAAUAUCUCUUCCGCAUACUGGCUGUUAAUGGUAACGGAAUGGGUCCACCAUUAGAAGGCAUUAAUCCAGUGAAAGCUAGAGCUCCAUUCGAUCCACCAGGGCCUCCUGGUAUACCAAAGGUUACUCAAGUUGGCGGAGACUUCGUUAACUUAGAAUGGACCAAACCCGAGAAUGAUGGUGGCGCUAGAGUACAAGGCUACUGGAUAGAUAAACGAGAAGUUGGCAGCCUUGCUUGGCAGCGCGUGAAUGCAUCACUAUGCCUACCUACACAGAUAAAUAUUUCAAAUCUCAUUGAGGGACGACAGUAUGAAUUCCGUGUCUUCGCUCAAAAUGUCGCCGGUAUUUCAAAACCAUCAUCAGCGUCGUCGAGUGUAGAGAUUAAAGAUCCGCUUGCUGCUACUCCACCAGAGAUCAUCAAACCUCUUAGGAAUGCCCAAUGUAUUCAAAACCAUAACGCCAAAUUUGAAUGCACCAUCAGUGGAAAUCCUGCACCACAUAUCACCUGGUACAAAGGUGCUAGAGAAAUCACGAACGGUUCAAGAUACCACAUUUACAGUGAAGGAGAAGUACACCAUCUCGUUAUACACGACGUAUUCGGAGAAGACGCUGAUGAAUAUGUAUGUAGAGCUAUCAACAAAGGUGGAGUCAAGUCUACUCGAGCAGAAUUAUUGAUAAUGACUGCUCCCAAACUGAACAUUCCUCCGCGCUUCCGAGAUUCAGCCUACUUCGACAAAGGCGAGAACGUUGUGAUCAAAAUUCCUUUCACUGGCUUCCCUAGACCAAAAAUCACUUGGGUGAGGGAAGGCGAAGUCAUCGAAUCUGGUGGUCACUACCAUGUAGAGGUCAAAGACAGACACGCCAUCCUCACGAUUCGCGACGCUAGCAAGUUGGAUAGUGGACCAUACAGAAUCACAGCCGAGAACGAAUUAGGACAAGACACAGCUAUUAUAAAGAUCCAAAUUGCUGAUCGUCCUGAUCCUCCCAGAUUCCCAGCAGCAGACAAUAUCGGAACAGACUCACUGGCUCUAUCUUGGAAGGCUCCUGUAUGGGAUGGUGGUAGUAAUAUCACGAACUACGUAGUAGAGAGACGCGAACAUCCCCUGUCAACGUGGAUAAGGGUUGGAAACACACGACUGACUACGAUGGCGGUCAGUGGACUCACUCCUGGACACCAGUACGAAUUCAGGAUAUUCGCUGAGAACAUCUAUGGGCGCUCAGAUCCAUCCGAUGUGAGCAACCUAAUCGCCACUAAGGACUCUGUGAAGAAACAGAUACAGAAGAGAAAGUACGAAGUCGACGAAAACGGAAAGAAGAUUCGUGAAUCCCAUAAGGAACCAGUCAAAGAUUACGACAACUAUGUCUUCGACAUCUAUUCUAAAUUCGUACCACAACCAGUUGAAAUCAAGACCAGAUCUGUGUAUGAUGACUAUGACAUAUUGGAAGAAAUCGGAACAGGUGCAUUUGGCGUAGUCCAUCGCUGUCGUGAGCGGAAGACUGGAAACAUUUUCGCCGCCAAGUUCAUACCCGUGUCACACGCAAUGGAAAAAGAAUUGAUUCGCAAGGAAAUCGACAUAAUGAAUCAACUGCACCAUCCUAAACUCAUCAACCUUCACGACGCCUUCGAAGAUGACGAUGAAAUGGUCCUGAUCUACGAAUUCCUUUCAGGGGGUGAACUAUUCGAAAGAAUAACAGCUGAGGGCUACCAGAUGUCUGAAGCUGAGGUCAUCAACUAUAUGAGACAAAUUUGCGAAGGUAUCAAGCAUAUGCACGAAAGAAAUAUAAUCCACUUGGAUAUCAAACCAGAAAACAUCAUGUGUCAAACUCGUAAGAGCACGAACAUCAAACUGAUCGACUUCGGCCUGGCUACGAAGCUAGAUCCGAAUGAACUCGUCAAAAUUUCGACUGGUACUGCUGAAUUCGCUGCACCUGAAAUAGUCGAGAGGGAACCCGUUGGGUUCUACACAGAUAUGUGGGCUGUGGGUGUUUUAGGUUAUGUAUUAUUAAGUGGACUGUCUCCCUUCGCUGGAGAAAAUGAUAUUGAUACUCUGAAGAACGUGAAAGCAUGUGACUGGGACUUCGACGAAGAAGCAUUCGCCAACGUAUCGGAAGAAGGAAAGGACUUUAUCCGAAGGCUACUGUUGAAAAACAAAGAGAAAAGAAUGACUGCACAGGAAUGCUUACUUCAUGCGUGGCUCAGCGGUGACCAUAGCGACAGAACGCAAGUGAUUCAAAGAUCAAGAUACAUCCGUAUGCGUGACAGGAUUCGGGCUAAAUAUGAUGCAUGGGAUUCAUUCUCCCUACCUAUUGGCCGACUUUCAGAAUACUCAUCUCUCAGAAAGCUGCUAAUAGAGAAAUACAAGAUUCACGACGCAUACUUUGAUCGAAGACAAGCCGCUCCAAGAUUCGUCAUCAAGCCGCAAAGUGCCUUCUGUUACGAAGGCCAGAGCGUUAAAUUCUACUGUAGGGUUAUAGGCGUAGCUGCCCCUACAGUUAGCUGGUAUCACAACAACGUAGAACUGAGACAGAGUGUCAAAUUCAUGAAGAGAUACGCGGGAGAUGACUAUUACUUCAUCAUAAACAGAGCCAGGUUGCAAGACAGAGGAGAGUAUAUAAUAAGAGCCGAAAAUCACUACGGAUCAAGAGAAGAGGUUGUGUUCCUCAAUGUUCAACCUUUGCCAAAAGUGGUGCCAGAAUAUAAACCUGAAACUCAUGUGAUACGCAGAAGGGAACCACUACCAUACACGUUCUGGCAAGAAGAACAAGAAUGUGCACCAAGCUUCACUUUCUUGCUCAGGCCAAGAGUCAUGCAGGAGAGGGACACCUGCAAAUUGUUGUGCUGUUUGAGCGGAAAACCAUUCCCAACGGUGAAAUGGUACAAAGAAAAACGCGAACUCAGCAAAUACGAAUACUCCAUGUCACAUUCAGAUGGUGUGAUAACGAUGGAAAUCAGCGGAUGCAAGCCAUCAGACUCUGGAAAAUACACCUGCGUGGCGACGAAUAUUCACGGACAAGACGAAACUUCUUGUGUGGUAAUUGUUGAAGGUGAAACCAGCACGGCUGAACAAACAGCGUUAGCAAACAAGUUGUUGUAUUCUGGAGACAGAAAAUAUAUUGAGAGUCCCCUCAAACCGGCUCCAAUACCAGUUACGAUAAGGAAACCGAUUUCAUCGUACAACCCACACCCCAUACAACCACGAUCAAAUAAUCCCAGCAUGAACAGUUUAACACAUUCGCCCUCUAAUCUCAGUGUUGGAGAUGGCGAAAAACGCACCCCUAGGAAAUAUGGAAGGUUAGAUUCCACUGGAAGUCCAAAUCGGUCAAGAAGUGCCACAAAAGAACUAGCACUACCUCCUGAUUCAACAAUGUGCAAACCAGAGUUCACGAAAAACUUAUCCGAUUUGACGGUUAAUGAUGGUGAAAGUCUGACAUUGACUGCCCACGUAACAGGCGAUCCUGAUCCUCAAAUUGUUUGGACCAAGAAUAAAAAAACACUCAGCUCGUCAGAAGUUGUCGAUCUCAAGUACAAAAAUGGAAUAGCCAAACUACAUAUCAACGAAGUAUACCCUGAAGAUGAAGGAGAAUAUGUAUGCAAAGCCACCAACUCGAUUGGCAGCGCUGAGACAAAAUGCAAACUCACAAUCAAACCUAUGGCUAAUGCAGUCAACGGCAAGAAGAAGGGUUCAGAUGACAAACCUCCAAGGAUAGUCAGCCACCUUCAAUCAGCGUUUGUGGGAGAUGGAGAAGCCGUAACUCUAUCCUGCCGAAUUAUAGGAAGCGACAAAUUCGAUGUCGUAUGGUUGCAUAACAAUAAGGAAAUCAAGCCAUCUAAAGAUUUCCAAUACACCAACGAAGCAAACAUUUACAAGUUGAAGAUUGCAGAAAUAUUCCCAGAAGAUUCUGGCGCGUAUACAUGUGAAGCGUUCAAUGAUGCUGGUGAAAGUUUCAGUAGUUGUACACUCAAUGUUGUUGUUCCAGGAGAACAACCAAAGAGUCCUGUUUUCAAAACAUUCCCGAUUUCCGCUACGGUGUCUGAAGGUGAAUCUGCAUCUUUCAUCGCAGAAACAGAAGACGAACCGUUACAAAUAAAUUGGUUGAAGGACGGCAAACCAAUAAAAGAGAGCAGCGCGAAAUACAACUUUACCGCUGACGGAAAACUUUACACCCUACAAGUUUUAUCUUGCAGUUCCAAUGAUGUUGGACAAUAUCAAGCCAAAGCCAUAGGAAAGAAAGGAGAAACUUUAGCGGCAUUUUCACUGAACGUUGUUCCAUCUGGUGAACUCUGAAUAAAGCUCUGACUGCUCAACAAACGCUAACUAACGAACGACUUGCUCCAAAAUUAUAUUUUAUGUAACAUAGUAUGUGUAUAAAUAAUAUAUUUUUAAGUGUUUUAUAUGAGAAUUCGACGAGGAUUUCAUCAAAUAUUGAAAAUUCAACGCGGAGCUGCUGGCAUCCUCUACCAUAACAUCUUUCGCAGUAGUUUCGAGGUGAAUUAUCAGUAUGCACACUUUCUCGUCCGAAACUUGCAUUAUUUAGCGAUAUUUAUUUUUUUUUCCGAAAAGGGAGCAGAACUGUCGACUUUUUAAUUUAACGGUAUGGAAUGAGAACAUUAAUUAGUGUGAGAGAGCUUCUGCCAUUUGUUUCAUCUCGCCAUCGUUGUUCAUUAUUUAAGUUUCACAAAACGAACAUUAUUGCUUUCGCAAUGCCCAAACAAAAUUGUACCAUACGAUGUAAACAAGAAAAAUAAAAUAUUAUUUUUUAAA